AUGUCGGCCGCAGAAUUUGACUACGAGUUUAUCCUAGAGGAUGAGUUUGAUGCCAUCUCUCUGGGCAAGAAGCGCUCGGAUGAUGAGAUCCUGAGCGGCAAAUAUCCUGCCAAGAACCACGCGCGCAAAGUCGCCCAUGAGCUCGGCGUCGACAAGGGCAUCGUCUACCUGGUUGGUGAGCCCGAGCGUCUCUUUCCCGACUCUGACCAAGGACCCAAAUUCCGCCAACAACGAUACUUUUACUACCUCUCCGGCGUAGACUAUGCGGGCUGCACAGUCACCUACGACAUUGCCCACGAUAACCUCGUCCUCUGGAUUCCCUACACCGAGCCCAAAAAAAGCCACUGGUUCGGUUCGACGCCUUCCACCGCUCAGGCCGCCCGUCUGUAUGACGCCGACCAGGUACACUAUGCCAGCGACCUCGCCGGCUACAUCACCAGCCUCCCGGCCGCGGCGACCGUCUACGCCCUUCAUCCGGACCAGCGCCCACCGCAGCUCGUCCAGCACCAGUCCUUCCGCUCACGCUCGUCCGAUGGCCCCAAGAUUGACACCACGGCCCUCAAGCCGGCCAUGAACCGCGCCCGCGAGGUCAAGGACAGCUACGAGAUUGCCCUGAUCCGCCGCGCCAAUGACAUCUCCAGCGCGGCGCACCGCCGCGUCGCCCAGGCGCUGCUGCGCAUGACCAACGAGAGCCAGCUGCAGGCCGUCUUCGAGGCCGUGUGCACGUCGCGCGACGCGCACAGCCAAGCCUACCCCGUCAUUGCCGGCGCCGGCCCCAACGGCGCCACGCUGCACUACGGCGCCAACAACGCGCCGCUCAAGGGCAGCGCCAACAUUGUCCUCGAUGCCGGGUGCGAGUACCGCUGCUACGCCAGCGAUGUCACCCGCACGCUGCCCAUAUCGGGGUCCUUUUCGCCGCGCGCGGCCGCCAUCAGCGACAUCGUCACUCGCAUGCAAAACGAGUGCAUCGCGCUCAUGAGGCCCGGCAAGUUCUUUUACGAGAUCCACCAGCACGCGGGCCACGUCGCCGUCGACGGCCUCCUCAAGCUCGGCAUCCUGCGCGGCACCCGCGAGGAACUCAUCGCCGCCGGCACCGUGUCUGCCUUUUUCACGCACGGCCUCGGCCACCACGUCGGCCUUGAGGUGCACGACGUCGUCGGCGACGCGCCGCUCCUCAUGUCCGCCGCGUCCGAGACGGUCGGCGGGGUGCUCCGCCGCGGCAAGCGCACCAUGAUGACGCCGAAGAAGCUCCUCGCCAUGAACAGAAUCAGCCAGGCGACGGCGGCCGAGAAGCAGCGCACCGUGCUCCGCGCGGGCAUGAUUCUCACCAUCGAGCCUGGCCUGUACUUUAACCGUGAGUAUCUCGAGGGCUUCUUCCGCGAAGACCCCGUCCACUCCAAGCUCAUCGAGUGGGACGUGGUCGAGAGAUACUACCCCGUCGGUGGCAGCCGCACCGAGGACUGCAUCCUGGUGACGGAGAGCGGCCACGAGAACCUGACGACGGCGCCCAAGGAGCAGGAGCUGCUGGACGUGAUUAAUGGACGUCACGGAUCCAAGCCUCGCAAGUAA